AUGAUAUUAUUUUUGAAAAUUUCCUUCUGGACAAUAUGGGAUCAAUUUACACCACAUGAAUGUUAUGAUUCAAUUGAAUAUUGUAUUCAUUUUGGUUGUCCUUUACUUACAAGACAAGUAAGGAAUUUAUUGUCUUUAUUUAAAAUGUUUUUUU